UGCCCCUCUGGCCAAUUUCUAAGAGCUCUUUGAGGUUAUAUAGAUAAGCUCCCUUUCAUCCAGUUGAUAAAUAUGUUCCAGAUUUAUCGUUUGCCUGUUAACUCUGAUGAAAGUGAACUUUGCCAUGCAAUGUUUUGACGUUUGUAUGUGCAACAAGGUUUAUUUCUUCUUUCAUAAGUUUCAUAAGUUUAUUUCCUAAGCCCAUUAGGGAUCAGGAGUGAUAUUGUAUGAUAUUUCUUGAAAGCUGAGUGAGGGGUCAAACUGAAGACAGCUGGAAUAUCCAGUCCGCUUCUGCACUCCAUCUGGUACAACAACCCACACCACGUGAAGCACGGAAAACUCCACUGUAGACCUGUAAGAUAAUGAGGAUAAAAAAGGAAAAGAGCCCCUUGGCAUCAUGAAGAUAGUCUUUCUCUUGUGCCUCAGAAAGGGACCGCAGGGGCCCCGUGGGUCCUGUGACUCCGCUUUGAGAACCACGGCUUUGAAGUUCACAGGAAACCAGCUUUCCUUUGGUCCUGGGCCAUCAGAGCUCUUCAAUAUUUGAAAUUAGCAGUGUCACAGAUGGUCUGACAGGCUUCCUUCCUUGGAUACCUUGUUUUAUCAGCCUUGUUGCUGGCGUGAUUUCUUUUAAUUAAAAACCAGAAGAGUGCAAAGAGAUGAAUCCAAUGAAAGUUUGCUCUGUAAGGCUGAAUGACGGACACCUCAUGCCUAUGCUGGGACUUGGCACUUCUGCUCCUAGUCAGGUCCCGAAGAGUAAGGUGGAAGAGGCCGUCCAGAAAGCAAUCGAUGUAGGCUACCGCCAUAUUGACUCGGCUUAUUUGUAUCAAAAUGAGGAAGAGAUCGGGAGGGCCAUCGGGAAGAAGAUUGCUGAUGGCACCGUGAAGAGAGAGGACAUAUUCUACACGACGAAGGUGUGGGGAACCUUCUUCCGGCCAGAAUUGGUUCGAACCAGCCUGGACACAUCUCUGAGGAAGCUUGGGUUGAGCUAUGUGAAUCUUUAUCUCAUUCAUUUCCCAGUAGCUUUGAAGCCUGGGGAGGAAUUUAUCCCAAAGGACAAAGAUGGAGAAGUCAUUUUUGACACGGUAGAUCUCUGUGCCACAUGGGAGGCCAUGGAGAAGUGUAAGGAUUUAGGGCUGACCAAGUCCAUCGGCGUGUCCAACUUCAACCGCAGGCACCUGGAGAGGAUCCUGAACAAGCCAGGGCUCAAGUACAAGCCAGUCUGUAACCAGGUGGAGUGUCACCCUUACCUCAACCAGAGCAAACUCUGGGAAUUCUGCAAGUCCAAGGACAUCAUCCUGACUGCAUACGCUGCCUUAGGGACUGACUUUAGGAAGGAAUGGGUGAACAAGAACUGCCCCAUUCUCCUGAAGGAUCCGGUGCUCAACGCCAUCGCCGCAAAGCAUGGGCGCACUCCCGCCCAGGUGGCCCUGCGUUUCCAGCUGCAGCGGGGCCUGGUGGCCUUGGUCAAGAGCUUCAAUGAGAAGAGAAUUCAGGAGAACUUCCAGGUUUUCAAUUUCCAGUUGACACCAGAGGACAUGGAAAGUCUGGAUGGCCUAAACAAAAACAUUCGCUAUUUUCCAGAUGAAUUUGUUAGUCAUCCAGAUUAUCCAUUCUAUGAUGAGAAUUGACAGCGGUGUCUGGUUGCCCUGGAGUUCUUGGACUCUGGUUGAUGAUGGGCAAACAGCUCACGGAUGAGACGGUAUCUGGUUUAUCCCACAUUGCUUAGCCUGAUAGGCUGAAUGUGGCUUUAGUCCCUGGAUCUGGAAAUAAAAGUCGCUAAACCCUGUCUUUACUCCCCCCCCAAAGUCAAUGAAAA